AUGCUGGGUAAUCAUGAAGAGGUGUGCAACUAUGGUGUCGCGUUAGAGUCUGCAAUCAGAAGCGGUAUGAGCGAAGCGCAAUGCUGCCGAGAUGGAAAACAGAACCACGGUGAUUGA